GAACUACUGGCAGAGCCACCUGACAUGCCCAAGUCCACCUUCAGGGAGAGGAGAGCUGCGGGGGACCAGUUUGUGCAGUUCCUGAAGGACACGGGGCGGGAGGACCAGAGCAGCCGGGAGGUGCUGAGGAGCAUCUACAGCAAGGAGUUCAGGAGCAGCCUGGAUGGAGAGACUGUGCCCAACUUCUCCUCCGUGCUUUACACCAUGGGGAAGAGUGGCCGGGCGGAGGUGCGCGGGGAUUUUGUGCGCUUUGGCAAGGUGAAAGAGACAGUGGUGGUCGCAGACUUGUACCGGAGACCCCUGCUCAAAGCUGGUGAUCAGCCCAAUGCAGACCAGACACCCGGCCCCAGCCAGGGUCCCCGCAGAGGGCGGGCCAGGGACAGGGCCGAGUUCAUCAGCACCAAGCAUGGGAUAAGCGUGGUCUGUGAGCACGACCAGAGCAACGACCGCAUCAGCUUUGCUGUCACACCCAAUGUGCCCAAGACAGUCACAAUCCAGGUGCAGAACAACGGCGUGGGGCCUGUCACGAUCCAGCAGUUCAAGCCACUGCGGCGCACGCGGGAAUUCAAGUUUCACGACACGCAAAAAGUGACCCAGGGCCAGACCUUCCUGUUGCAGAAAGGUACUUGGGCAUGGCUCCCCCCAGCUGGGGGUUGA